UUUAAUUACCGUUCACGCACUCAGAUCACAUUAGCGUAGCCUGCCUACGUCAUCAUCAACAGUACCUUCCUACCCCCUUCUUCCUAAACCCCGCGAGAGGAGAGACCAGCAUUCCGUAAUACCAACAACCAAAAUCUUCCUCUUCCUCCUCCGCCUCCGCCUUCUCCUCCUCCUCCGUCAUUCUUAUUUUUAAUUAAUUCCUUGCCUUCAAUCAACAAAAAUUAGCAUUUACCUGAAUUCGUAAUGGCUCCGGCCACCACCUCCUCGGCGGCUGCGGCAGCUGCUCCAGCUCACCUUUUUAUCCGCUUCAACCGGAGGACAUCGGCGCCGCGCCAGCCUUCGCCGCCUGGGUCGCCGCCGAAGAAGAAGAUGAAGUCCAUGGCGGAGAUAAUGGCGAAGGCUAAAUUCACGGUGGUGGAGAGAGGUGAUUAUGGCGACGUUACCUGCGAGCAUUGUGGGUCGGGUGACCGAUCCGACGAGCUGCUUCUUUGCGAUAAAUGCGAUAGAGGCUUCCACAUGAAAUGCCUCAGGCCUAUCGUCGCCAUUGUCCCUAUUGGAUCAUGGCUCUGCCCUGCCUGCUCCGGACACAGACGAGUAAGAAGUUUCUCGCAGAAAAAAAUUGUUGAUUUUUUCCGGAUUCAGAAAUGUAGUGAUCGAUACCCCAAAGACGAAUGUGCUUCUCCUCAAGAUGCCAGAAAACGCCGGAGGCGUUCAGGAUCAUUAGUGUUGCAGAAGAGAAGAAGAAGAAUACUUCCAUUUGUUUCAUCAGAAGAUCCUGCUCAAAGGCUGAAACAAAUGGGUUCGCUGGCUUCUGCUUUAACAGCAUUGCACAUGGAAUUCAGUGAUGAUCUCGCUUACAUGCCCGGAAUGGCUCCAAGAUCUGCUAAUCAGUCCAAGUUUGAAGAUGGUGGCAUGCAGAUUCUUUCCAAGGAAGAUACCGAGACAUUGGAGCUUUGCAGAACCAUGUGCAAAAGAGGCGAAUGCCCUCCUCUUAAAGUAGCUUUUGAUUCACACGAAGGUUUUACAGUAGAGGCUGAUGAGCAGAUGAAGGAUAUGACUUUUAUUGCUGAAUACACGGGUGAUGUUGAUUACAUUAAGCAUCGGGAAAAUGACGAUUGUGACAGUAUGAUGACCCUUCUGUUAGCAACUGAACCAUCUAAAAGUCUUGUCAUCUGCCCGGAUAAACGCGGAAACAUUGCUCGAUUUAUCAACGGCAUCAACAAUCAUACCUUGGAAGGAAAAAAGAAGCAGAAUUGUAAAUGCGUGAGAUACAGUGUUAAUGGUGAAUGUCGGGUCUUUUUGGUUGCUACUCGUGAUAUUGCUAAAGGGGAGAGGCUAUAUUAUGACUAUAACGGAUACGAGCAAGAGUACCCUACUCAACAUUUUCUCUGAGCCGUUGUUUUAGACGUUAUAGACGUUAACGGCUUCCAUCUAGCAAUCCGAAUUGGGAUUUUAUUUUGCUCCUAAUUCUUCUUUGUUUUUCCUCUUUCAACCUUUUACUUGUCGUUCCAAUUUUCUUCUAGUUUUUCCUUUGAGCCUUUCAUUGUAAUUCCAUAUAGAGCUGGCCCAUUAUUUGGCCCUUGGAUAUAGAAUUAUAGACUAGGCCAAGGUAAAUUUUUCUUGGUAGUUAAGCAAAUGAAAAGAGUUUUAUCUUUUCGGAGUAUAACUUAAGGGAAUUGUUAUUAGCACUGCGAAAUAGCAUCCUGCUGUUCCCUCAAUUUUUUCCAUUAGGGAGAAGUGCGUGAUCAGAUUUUUAAGGACUGCAAGUAGCGGCUCCCUAACUUGUUAAACAUCUUUCUUUGUAAUUUGUUUCAAUGGAAAAUUUUACUUUGAGUUUA